GGGAUUGGUCCGCGGAGGCCCCGCCCCUUCGCUGCGCCUGCGCAGUACGCCCCGUCCGGUCUCUUGGUAAAGAAGCCGAGCGGUGCGCGAUGGAGGAUGGCGGUGGCAGCGGCGGCAGCAGCAGUAACAGUUGUCAGAGGCGGUCGCAGUCGAGCUCCGGGACCGGAGACGAGAAGCAGGCGGGCCCGUGGAGCAGGGACAAGAAGGACCCCAACGCCCCCGUGGCCGACAAGGAGCAGGAGCUGUCUGAAGAAGACAAGCAGCUACAGGAUGAGCUGGAAAUGCUUGUGGAGCGCUUGGGUGAGCAGGACACCUCCCUUUACCGGCCUGCUCUGGAGGAGCUGCGGAGACAGAUCCGGUCCUCCACAACGUCCAUGACCUCUGUGCCCAAACCUCUGAAGUUCCUACGCCCGCAUUAUGGCAAGUUGAAGGAGAUCUAUGAGAACAUGGCUCCAGGGGAAAACAAGCGUUUUGCAGCCGACAUCAUCUCUGUGCUGGCCAUGACAAUGAGCGGAGAGCGAGAGUGUCUGAAAUAUCGGCUGGUGGGAUCCCAGGAGCCUUUGGCUUCCUGGGGACAUGAAUAUGUCAGACACUUAGCUGGCGAGGUGGCCAAGGAGUGGCAGGAAAUUGAUGAGGCAGACAAGACUCAGAAGGACACCCUGCUGACGCUGGUGAAGGAGAUUGUGCCGUACAACAUGGCCCACAACGCUGAGCACGAAGCCUGUGACUUGCUGAUGGAGAUCGAGCAAAUGGACAUGCUGGAGGAGUAUAUCGAUGACAAUGCCUACGCCAAAGUCUGCCUCUACCUGACCAGUUGCGUGAGCUACGUCCCGGAGCCCGAAAACUCGGCCCUCCUCCGCUGUGCUCUCAGCAUCUUCCGCAAGUUCAACCGCUACCCGGAAGCCCUGCGCCUGGCGCUCAUGCUGAAUGACAUGGAACUGGCUGAGAACAUCUUCAUCUCCUGCAAAGACGUGGUUGUCCAAAAGCAAAUGGCCUUCAUGCUGGGUCGUCAUGGUGUAUUCCUGGAGCUGAGUGAAGAUGUCGAAGAGUACGAGGACCUCACAGAAAUCAUGUCUAACGUCCAGCUGAAUAGCAACUUUCUGGCCCUGGCCAGAGAGCUGGACAUCAUGGAGCCCAAGGUGCCGGAUGAUAUUUAUAAAACCCAUCUGGAAAACAACCGAUUUGGUGGCAGCGGCUCUCAGGUGGAUUCUGCCCGAAUGAACCUGGCCUCGUCUUUUGUGAACGGUUUUGUGAACGCCGCUUUUGGGCAGGACAAGCUGCUGACGGACGACGGGAACAAGUGGCUGUACAAGAACAAGGACCAUGGGAUGUUGAGUGCUGCUGCUUCCCUGGGGAUGAUCCUAUUAUGGGAUGUAGAUGGCGGGCUUACACAGAUUGACAAGUAUCUGUACUCUUCAGAAGACUACAUUAAGUCGGGGGCUCUCCUGGCUUGUGGUAUUGUGAACUCAGGGGUGAGGAAUGAGUGUGAUCCUGCCCUUGCGCUGCUCUCAGAUUACGUCCUUCACAACAGCAACACCAUGAGGAUUGGGGCCAUCUUUGGGCUGGGAUUGGCUUAUGCUGGGUCCAACCGAGAAGAUGUUCUGACCUUGCUGCUUCCUGUGAUGGGCGAUUCCAAGUCCAGCAUGGAGGUGGCCGGUGUGACGGCACUAGCUUGCGGAAUGAUUGCGGUGGGCUCCUGCAAUGGAGACGUCACUUCCACCAUCCUCCAGACCAUCAUGGAGAAGUCUGAGACAGAGCUGAAGGACACGUAUGCCAGAUGGCUACCUCUUGGUUUGGGCUUGAACCACCUGGGAAAAGGUGAGGCCAUUGAAGCGAUCCUGGCAGCCCUGCAGGUGGUGUCAGAGCCCUUCCGCAGCUUCGCCAACACACUGGUGGACAUCUGUGCCUAUGCAGGGUCUGGCAAUGUGCUGAAGGUCCAGCAGCUUUUGCACAUCUGCAGCGAGCAUUUUGAUUCUAAAGAGAAAGAGGAGGAGAAAGAGAAGAAGGAGAAAAAGGAUAAAGAGAAGAAGGAGAACCCAGCUGAUAUGGGAGCCCACCAGCCCUGGCAUGGACGGACGGACGGACGGACGGAUGGAAUUAGGGUAGUUUGGUUGCUGGACAUGUCGUUGAGAGAGGUGCUCUCAGUGAACUACCUUUGGGAGUCUAGCCACCUUCUCGUCUUGCUCCUACAGUUGCGGUAUGGGGAACCAACUCUUCGCCGGGCUGUACCCUUAGCCCUGGCUCUCAUCUCGGUCUCCAACCCCCGGCUCAAUAUCCUCGACACCCUCAGCAAGUUUUCCCAUGACGCUGACCCAGAGGUGUCCUAUAACUCCAUCUUUGCCAUGGGCAUGGUGGGCAGUGGGACCAACAAUGCCCGUCUGGCUGCCAUGCUGAGGCAGUUGGCGCAGUAUCACGCCAAGGACCCCAAUAACCUCUUUAUGGUGCGGUUGGCUCAGGGUCUUACACACCUUGGGAAAGGGACACUCACCCUCUGCCCUUACCACAGUGACCGGCAGCUCAUGAGCCAGGUGGCUGUGGCCGGCCUCUUGACUGUGCUAGUCUCCUUCCUGGAUGUGCGUAAUAUCAUCCUGGGGAAAUCCCACUACGUGCUGUACGGCCUUGUGGCUGCCAUGCAGCCACGCAUGCUCGUGACCUUUGAUGAGGAGCUGCGUCCACUGCCGGUAUCGGUGAGAGUAGGGCAGGCUGUGGAUGUGGUAGGUCAGGCUGGCAAGCCAAAGACUAUCACAGGUUUCCAGACUCACACGACACCGGUGCUGUUGGCCCACGGUGAACGGGCAGAGUUGGCCACGGAGGAACAUAUACCAGUUACGCCCAUUCUGGAAGGCUUUGUUAUUCUGCGGAAAAAUCCCAACUAUGAUGUCUGAAUUGCUGUGAUGGUUUGGGGGGGUGGUGGGAGGAAGGGGUGGGGCAUGGCAUUGUGACUUUUUUUGUUACAAAAAAAGAGUUUCGUCUGAAGAAAAUAAACCG